CUUGCCCCAUCACCACCACCACCGCCAGUACUGCAGCAUCGAUUCCUUCAAAAUGUUCAAAAAAGCAUCUCACUUGAAUUUUGGAACUGCGAACUUGAGCAUCGUCCACGGAAAUCAGAACGUCAAUACGUACUACCUACAGCAUGCACAUCAAGUACCUGGUCCGGGGGAGGAAGAAUGGAAAGUGAAGCUGUAUCGGGAGUAUGACCGAAUCCCUGCAGGGAGAAUCAAGAUCCUCGAAACCCUCACUGAAAACGAAGUCUGGCGAGAAAAAUAUGAAGACGAUUCUGUAAAUGUCAGCUGGGACGAAAGAUGGGUCGGCUUGAGAGCGAAGCGGACUGCGCAUCUGGCCUGUCUUGUCCAAGGGGUAAAAGAGUCUUUGCCGUUCUUAAGUAUAACGUACACUGGACCCGAUGCGCAAAAGGUAUUUAAGCGGGAUUGCCUCAUAUAUUCACGAAACCGAUAUGGAAAUGUCGUACAGUUACGAGGUUUUAAUGACUCGGAUAUCCCGAUGGUCCUAUUUCACGAUGAACUCAUUCCAGUACAACAUAUUCAAAGGCGUCAUAAAUCCUCAACAGCUCUGGAAUGCUAUCUCACUCUCCAAGCCUGCAUCGCAAUGCGGAACUUGCCUGAAUGGUGUCCGACGGAGUGGGAGUCAUAUGACUGCGACAAUGUGUGGAUUCAACCAAGAAAUGGAAGAAUAUCUUUUGGCCCAGAGGGACCUUGGCCUGAUUUCUUUCACGUCGACGCUAAGCCCGAGUGGCAGCUCGAAAGUUGGUCGGACAUUCCGGUUCUCCACCCUGCGACAUACAACGCCGAUUGUAUUACCGGGUACCUGAUCAAGUAUUGCCCGGAUCAGGUCUUCUUGGACGUUCUCGCGUACGCAGGCACACUAACCAGCAUGCAUCCAAAAAUAGAAGACUGUCCGCGUCAUAUAUGUCAUGUUUGGUAUCAUUCUUCUGGCCGACCGUUUGCAAGAUUCCGGUCCAGAUGGACGCGCAAAGUAAUAUUUAGCGAGCAUCUCCACCCGAUCACCAUGGAAGAUGGAAGGAGACGCUUUUCUAUAAAUUCGGCGACAGCUCGGUUGCAGAUGCAAGGAAAACUUCUUUCCUUUUUCGGAUAUGAAAUAGAUAUGCCAUGGCGUCAGCAAUUUUUGGCUUGGCUAUCCCAAGCACGCAGCAUUUUCAGCACACUGAAUAUUCCAAAGGGUGAAUGGGCAGACUAUCAACUCAUGCACUCGAUUGACUUGCACCUUCAUUUCGAAUUUUCUGAUUACGAGGUCGAAGACGACUUUGACUCGGCUCCCACAGUUGUUGAUAAUCAUCAAACUGAUGAUUGCUAUCUGUUUUUACACCCGCCGCCGUGUUUUCCUGAUGGAUUUCGCGACAUACAUGCUUGGAGGAAGGACUUCUACUAUUACUCCUUGGAUCCUGACGGGAAAUCGGUCAUGACAGAAUACCAACGUUUGUCAUUUCGGCUCCCUUCCAUUGUUCCAGCUGUUUUAGUUUCCACACGCUCCUGGGACGCUGAUGCAUACGACUUACUCUCGGCUUGGCAAAAGAAGAAAGGCUUUGAUCCCACCACAACCGAUUUCGCUCGUUCUUUGGGUUAUCCUAGCAUGGAAGUAAUGUAUUCCGACGUGGAUGAUCAACGUUUUGAUGAUCUCACUGAAGAUACAGGUACAUUUCCCACUUAUAUACACCAACUUGAGCUGGUAUAAUGAGUUUCCCCUCUUAGACUCAACAUCCUAUACAGACUGUGUCGUUGCUGGAGACGAUGGAUCCAUGGACUUAGACUUGCCGACGCCUUAUUCCCACCUACAGCCUGGUACCAGUUCAGUGUUCGAGGACGUGGAGAUGAUGGCAGAUGUAACCUUGUCCACGGACACGGACAUGGAAGUGGACUGAGACGUGGUAGCAUCGAAAAGGCCGAUGCUAACCAUGGCAUCUGUCGGCAGCCCUAGUCAUUUCGCGCAAUUUCUUCUUAGGGCACCACGUUUUCCAGCACCUCUGCCGUUCAAAAUUAUGGGCACGCCAUCAUGAGGUGGAUAGUGCAGCAACCAUCUCUCUGACUCGGGUUCACACCCGACCAGUGUUUGUAUCGCUACGACGGUCUUGCACGGUUUUUUGUUAUUACAAUCUCGCAGUUCGUACCACCCGUUCCACAUAGUGUUAGUUUACUAUCGUUAAGUUAAUACCAUGCAAAACUCGCGAAGCAGUUUUGUUUCUCGCG